AAAACUCUCUCACUACAUUUCAAAAAAAAAAAAAAAACUCUCUCACUAAAAUAUUUACUCCAUAUCCUUUUUUUUUCCCUCUCCGCCUCCUCUACACCUCUUCUUUUCCGCCGGCGCCAUUUACCCUAAUUUCCCCCUCUUUUCAUUCUCUCUCCAUUUUGCCGAUGAAUUCAACCUAAUUCUACAGAUCUGGUGGAUUUGAGUUGAAUUUUGAUUUGUUGUUGCUGAUUGAAUUGAACUUGGAUUGAUUUGUCAACAAUCGGCUAAUUUAAGGAUGAUUUGCUUCUCGGUCACUGGUGUAAGAUAUUUACAUGGUUUGACCUAGUUUCUGAUCUUGCUGUCAAUUUCCUAGUGGUUUAGUUCCUUUCUCCAAGAAGUUAUGGACCGCUGUGAUACCUCAGGGUUUGUUAGUGGGGGUUGUAUGUGUAGUCUUAGGUAUUUUUAACCCUAGUUUAGGUUUUGUAGUUAAUAGGUAAACCCCGGAAGUCGGGGGAAGGACUGAUAUCUGUGGCUGAGAUUAUUGUUGAGUGAUUGUUGCAAUUUUGGUUGGUUCAUGGGCACUAGCGAGGGUUUUGGUUCUGGUUAUUUAUCCAAUGCGUUUAAGAAUCUGGGCGAUUCAUUGCUAGUAGGAGGUUCUGGUUUGAAUAAUCGUGCAGAUACAAUAUUACGGCUACAACCUAUUGGAUCAAAUGCCCCUGAUUUCCCCACAUCUAAAGGAGUGAAGAGGAAGUGGCGAUCGAGUAAUGGAGACAUGGGCCUUUAUGUUGAUCCUUCAUUGUCUUUGGGGCUGCACCGUUCAUCAAGCUCGUCAGAUAGCAAAGGCAGUUCUGCAACUGCAUGCACUGCAAUCUCCUCUGCGAAAGAAACUGAAGCAGAGUCCUCGAUGGAUCUUGAUUUGGAUUUCACCUUACACCUUACCAGUGACAAAUCUCCUAGCCCCAAGAAAGCUGCUGUCUCAAGUCUUAAGAGAGUAGGUUCACAGCUGAACCUUGACUUGGAAUUGAGUCUUUCUACUAGCCCUCUUGAAUCAGACAUCACUAGCAUCUUCGAAGGGGCAAAUGCUCCUCAGUGUGAGGUAGUGCCAAUGGCUGUUGGGGUAACAAAAUUUGUGGAUAACGAAACAGCUUCAUCUCACUGGAAAGUAGACAAUGCAUCAUCACCAGCAUCCCUCUGUCCUGGAGCAGGAGGGGCCUUUCUUUUGGACCCCAUUCCGAAAACAUUGAAUCUGGUCUCUUCCAACCCAGAUGUCUCAGCAAGCACUUUAAGUGUGCCUAAAAGCUCAGUCACUUGUACUUCCGGGAUUAUGCUGCGGCCUCAGCAGCAACGUGGUAGUUCUAAACUUUGUCAGUUUACUGGAUGUGGAAAGGGAGCUAGGGGUGCUUCCGGCCUUUGUAUUGCACAUGGUGGCGGUAGAAGGUGUCAAAGGCCUGGCUGCAACAAGGGAGCUGAAGGGAGAACGGCCCUUUGCAAAGCACAUGGAGGUGGACGACGAUGCGAGUUUCUUGGUUGUACCAAGAGUGCUGAAGGACGCACUGAUUUCUGCAUUGCACAUGGUGGUGGGCGUCGAUGUGGUCAUGAGGGUUGUUCACGUGCUGCUCGAGGAAAGUCUGGUUUAUGUAUUAGGCACGGUGGUGGGAAGCGAUGCCAAAGAGAGAAUUGCACAAGGAGUGCUGAAGGCUUGUCAGGUUUGUGCAUCUCACAUGGUGGAGGUCGUCGUUGUCAGUAUCCUGCAUGCACGAAGGGUGCUCAAGGAAGCACGAUGUUUUGCAAAGCGCAUGGGGGUGGAAAGCGGUGCACUAUUGAAGGGUGUACCAAAGGUGCUGAGGGAAGUACGCCUUUUUGCAAGGGCCAUGGUGGAGGAAAAAGGUGCUCUUAUACUGGAUGCCCGAAGAGCGUGCAUGGUGGGACAUCUUUCUGCGUCGCUCAUGGAGGUGGUAAGAGGUGUGCUAUUAAUGGUUGCACCAAAAGUGCUAGGGGAAGGACAGAUUUCUGUGUUCGUCACGGUGGGGGUAAAAGGUGCAAACAGGAAGGCUGCGGCAAAAGUGCUCAAGGUAGCACUGAUUUCUGCAAGGCGCAUGGAGGAGGCAAAAGAUGUGCUUGGGGACAACCCGGGUCACAGUUUGGCAACGAGGCAGAUGGCUCUUGUGGAUCUUUUGCUAGAGGGAAAACGGGUCUAUGUACAAUGCAUGGGGCAUUGAUUCAGGACAAGCGGGUGCAUGGGGGCAUCACUUUGGGUCCUUUAUUGCAGGACCCAAAUUCCAUCAACCUAAGUAAGAUGAUCGAUAUUCCAGCAGGAGUAAUGAACGUUGACACAAUGGGAGGAGAGAGAUGGACUCCAUGUGAUAUAAUGCAAUCGCACCCCCCGUGUGUUGAGAGAGACCCUUCCUCACCUCCGACCCCUGAAGGAAGAGUUCAUGGUGGAGGUUUGAUGGCAUUACUUGCUAGCUCAAACGCCCACCCAAGCAGCAGCAGUAGCAGUCACGCUGGCCUUCCGUUCAAAGCAAUGGAAUAUCAACAGAGCUGGUUGUAGGCGCAUUUUUAUCCUUUGGUUCGUUCUCCUAUAUUUAUCAUGUUUCUUGCCGUUUUCCUACAUGUUGUCGACAUUUCAUAAUUAAGUUUUCCUCAAGUUAUAUCUAUCACGAUGAUGAUGAUGAAAAGCUCUCCUGCCGAGUCAAUUGGACUAAGCUACAUUGUUACGAAAUUUUACGACUAGGAGAAGGAUUAGUUUAUUGAUACGCCCCAGUUAUGUGUGUUCUCUUGUAAAUAGGAUUGUUGUUCUAAAGUGGUCUGCAAGGUUCAGAAUAAAGAUGUUUCGAGUUUAUGAACUUUUGUGUUACACAACAUUUAAACUUUGUACAUUUUGCA